AUGUAUGAACAUUCUUUAGACUUAGAAUCCAUAACUGGUCAAGGAACUGGCCAACGUAUUUUAUUGCCUAGAAUUAAUUUGAUUCCUUCAGAUUCUACUCUUCUCUUUUCAUUUACUAGGCGUCAAUUUCCGAUAAUAAUAGCUUUUGCUAUGACAAUAAACAAAUCUCAAGGCCAAACAUUGGAUAAAGUAGGGUUGUAUUUACCCCAACCUGUAUUUAGUCAUGAUCAACUUUAUGUUGCCAUGUCUAGAGUUAGAUCUUUUGAAAAAUUAAAAAUUCAAAUAAUACCAACUAACAAAAAAGAUACAAUGAAUAUAGUUUAUAAAGAAAUUCUAUAA